GCAUUCGCGAUAUCUCCGUAUUUCGAGACGGUGUUGUUUCAAGUCGGCGUUGGGGAAAAUCUUGACAAUUUUCACGGUUUCCGGAUAAUAACCGCGUUUUCUUCGACAAAUCGCUCGUUUUUAAAAUAAUCAACAGAGCCCCGGAAAAUAAAACAGCAACAAGGACAAAAACCAACCCCUCAGUUGUUUUUUUUUUCGGCGACACGUUUUUUUUGAACAACACCUUCAACCAAUUUCAACCACAAAAAAAGAAAACCUUUCCGCUUUUUCUCAUCCGGAAGAUCUUCAAACCGAUUUGAACCCAUUUAAAUUUCUCGUCUUCGAGGACAAACGAACACAAAAUGACGGACCGCAAAGCAGUUAUUAAGAAUGCCGAUAUGAGCGAAGAUAUGCAACAAGAUGCUGUUGAUUGUGCUACUCAAGCGAUUGAGAAAUAUAACAUAGAAAAAGAUAUUGCGGCGUACAUAAAGAAAGAAUUUGAUAAGAAGUACAAUCCGACAUGGCAUUGCAUUGUGGGGCGUAAUUUUGGGUCGUACGUAACCCACGAGACACGCCACUUUAUCUAUUUCUACCUGGGACAGGUGGCCAUUUUGCUCUUUAAGAGCGGCUAAGAGCCCCCUCUCCACUCAUUUUCUAUAUAGUGUCGCGAUAAUAAAAGAAGAGCCACCGCAACCGUCACCCCAUGUUCCCCCACACCGAUUCCUCCGUGGUAUUUCCGGACGCGAGAUUCCGAUGAACCAUUUUCGGCCCUCACUCUAUUAAAAAAAAUAAUUUAAUUUAAAAAAACUAACUUGCUCAGUACCAACCUCAACAUUAAAAAAAUAUUCUCACUCAAAUCCAUUGAUUUGAUGAUCGGACGAUGCGGAAUAAACAUGAAAGAUAUAAAAGACGGUUCUUUUUUCUUAGGAUAAAUUUUUAGUUUCGCUAAAAUAAAAUAAAGUUGAGUUUUUGAUUACGAGUUUCUUUUUUUGGUAUUAAAGUAGUCGGAAAUAAAUAAAUUGGGCGUCUACUCGUUAUUAGAAGUGAUGCUGUAAACUGCCAUCGUUGGGCCCCCUUCUUUUGUGGUCCGUAAUACACUUAAUACAUGGUAAUACACCUUCACGCACCUUUCUCAGCUUUAAUCGGUCUUCGCUGUUCUUUACAACACCGACGAUUUUGAUGGUGAUCGUCUUCUUAUUCUGUUUUAAUUAAAAAAAUGAUUAUAUUGAUAAAUAAUUAAGAUGAAUUUAUUUUUUAAUCGCGAUUAUGAUGGAUGAUGUUUCCGUUUGUUGAUCUUUUAUUCUUUCCUAUAUUAAUGUAUUAAUAAUAAAUAUAUGGUUAUAUAUUAA